AAUUUUCUCACCAGAGUGACAAAAUCAGGGACUCCUAAAACACUAGCCCAUUUCCUUCAUUUCCUUGGAAUAAAACCCAUGAUCUUUAGUUCCUCAGAGAAGUGAAAGUAGCAACAAGGAAUCCAGUCAUUCCUGUUAUCUGCAGGCUUUAUAAGUCAGCCAGCCUAAGGAGGUGGCCUGAGGAAGUGGCUCUUAGCCCGUGCUCCUCACACUGCUGUCCUCUCACCGAGCCCUGAAUCCGGGAGAAGAGCCAGGAUGUCUCCAUCCCUGGCCGCCUUGCUGCUUCUCCUGUCCAUCAACGGCAACCUGGCCCUGAAGAUCUGCUCCUUCAACGUGAGGUCCUUUGGGGAAACCAAGACGGAAAACCAGAAUGCCAUGGAUGUCAUUGUGAAGGUCAUCAAACGCUGCGACAUCAUCCUACUGAUGGAAAUCAAGGACAGCUCCAACAUGAUCUGCCCCAUGCUGGUUGAGAGGCUGAAUGGAAAUUCAAGAAGCACAACAUACAACUAUGUGAUUAGCAAUCGGCUUGGAAGAAAUACAUAUAAAGAACAGUAUGCCUUUCUCUACAAGGAAAAGCUAGUGUCUGUGAAGAAAAGCUACCUCUACCAUGACUAUCAAGCUGGAGACGCAGACGUAUUUUCCAGGGAGCCCUUUGUGGUCUGGUUCCAGUCACCCCACACUGCUGUCAAGGACUUCGUGAUUGUCCCCCUACACACUACCCCCGAGACAUCCGUUAAAGAGAUUGAUGAGCUGGCUGAUGUCUAUCUGGAUGUGAAACGCCGUUGGAAGGCAGAGAAUUUCAUUUUCAUGGGUGACUUCAACGCAGGCUGCAGCUACGUCCCCAAGAAGGCCUGGGAAAGCAUCCGCCUGAGGACUGACCCCAGAUUCAUUUGGCUGAUUGGGGACAGAGAGGACACCACGGUCAAGAAGAGCACCAACUGUGCAUAUGACAGGAUCGUGCUGAGAGGACAAGAAAUCGUCGACUCUGUUGUUCCCAAAUCAAGCAGUGUUUUUGACUUCCAGAAAGCUUACGGGUUAACUGAUGAGGAGGCCUUGGAUGUCAGUGACCACUUCCCAGUUGAAUUUAAACUACAAUCUUCAAGGGCCAUUACCAAUAGAAAAAAGUCUGUCUCUUUAAAGAAGAAAAAGAAGGCCAGACGCUCCUAGAUACAAGGGUGUCAUUUUAUUAGCCAUUUCUUGCCUCUUAAAAGAGCUCUAACAGGUAUGAACUGCUCCCUGCACUCCGGAAACAAGAUUGGUCCAACUGCUUUCAUUUUUCAACUUGAAUUUAAUCCUACUUGAGCCAAAUUGGGAGGAGAGUCUUCUAUGAUCCCACUUGGGCUCCCACCUCCUUUGAAUUACUCAAAAGAAAGCUAGGGGCUUUUGCAGUCCAAAGAAAGGUCUUCAUGUCCUGAGCUAGAACUCCACCCACUAUUACGGACAUGGCCCAACCCUGCUGUGGAGAGGCUGCAGAAGGACUGUCAGUUUUCAGUCUUCACAAGGGGAUCCCACUCCAUGGAGAAUGAUCAGAAAUGCCAGGGCCCCAACUGCACCCCAUGAUUUGGACAAUUGACUGUUUUGGGAAUCCGGCCCCUUCUGUCUGAGGUCAAGCCACCGUCAUGUCUCAAAGGAAUGAAGUCUGCUCCUACCUGAUCUUCCUGCCUCUGAAUUGUCCUCCAACUCAGACACCACCAAUGUCAUCCUUUGAAAUUUCAUUCUGACCACAGAUCAGCUGCCUUCCCACCCCUGCUUAUAAAUCCUUCAGGGGCUCCUGUGACCAUUCAGAGAGAGCCCAGAGAUUUUGGACAUCCACGAAGAUCUCUAUAUCAGGCAAAUCAUGUCGGCCUGACCUUCACCUCACCUUGCGCUUUAUGCCCAGCAGGACUGCCCCUCCCCUGUGCCCACGUGCCCUGUCUCAUCCCAGAGCCUGGGCUAAGUGCCCUUACCCCCAUGUACACCAUACCCCUAUUGUAACAUUCACCACAUUGCAUUUGUCACCAAGGCCACUAUUAGGACUCUUAGAAGGACCUGGUGAUCAAAGACCCAGUUGGCUGGCAGGGACUUGAGGAUUUUGUUAUAUUUCUGCAACAAAGUGUUGCAGAGGAAUCCAGCAACAUGGCACCACUUUACCUGUAUCCUGUAAUCAAAAUGUGACCAUUUUGUUUGUUUUGCUUUGUUUUCUCUUAUAUUGUUUCUUUGUUCAAGCAGUGCAUGAACAUUGCUUACUGUGCGAGCAAUACCAAAGAGUGUGCACUGAGGAGAAAUGCUAUACCCUGACAACCAGCCUCUACUUUUCUGUCUCAGAAGCAACCCCGCUUAACCAGCUUAUACGUUCUUCCACAGAGGCUGUGCCUAAAUAAGCACCAUAUAUAACCUUGAAAAAUACAGUUUAUAACAAACUACA